CCCAUAUAUCCCACCUCUGGUUUUUACCUGUCCGAAUACUCAGGAGAAACUCUACCUGUGAAUAAAAUCAUUCACUUGUCAGUGUAGCCCUUAGAGAUUUCUCCCUCCCAUGAGAUCAUAGCAUUAUUAUUUGUCUCCCUGAUUUGACAUGUACAGCUUCCUGACAUGUCUUCUGCAGUAACGCUUUGCUCCUCCCUUUUAGAAAUAGUUGGAAAGCUGAUCAAGCGACAGUGGGAAGCCCAGAGAAGGGAAAGGCACUCACCCUUUAUUCUCUGGACUCCAGGUUGUUCUUCAUUAAAACAAUCAUGAAGUACAUAUUAAGCGAUUCCUUAAUUUUAUGUAAUAAAACAAACUUACUGUUUUCUGCCUCUGUAGCAUCUGCAACCUAAUAGUGGAAACAGAACAUGAACAAGUAAAUAAACAGAUGUGAAAUUACAACUUGUAAUGACUUCAGUAAAGGAAGGAUUCUGACACUUCAUGACAUGUCAUUAUCUAGAGCAAUAAUGGACAUUGACCUGUUUCGGAUUAGCUGAUGACCUUCAGAAAUGAUCGAAUAAUAGCACCUCCAGAGAGGCUGAAUACACUCCAUUUGGAGUGAGCAGCCCAUAUUGUUCCUGAAGUUUUCAAGAUGACAGAUCCAAUGAUGGACUUUUUUGACGAUGCCAAUCUUUUUAGUGAGACCUUGGAAGGUUUAUCAGAUGAUGCAUUUGUACAACCAGGACCUGUUUCGCUAGUUGACGAAUUGAACUUGGGUGCAGAAUUUGAACCUUUGCACAUAGAUUCACUGAACCAUGUUCAAGGUACUCCAACACAUCAGAAGAUGACUGAUUAUGAACAGUUAAAUCAGUAUGAGUCAAUGAAAUUUCAUCAAGUUAAUCAAUCUUUUGGUAGCCCAGCUGAACAUGUGUUAUCGCCACACUCCCAGUUUAACUGUUCUCCAAUUCACCCCCAAAACCAACCCAAUGGUUUGUUUCCAGAUGUAGCAGAUGGCAGCCCAAUGUGGGGCCAUCAGACAGCUACUAGCAUUUCAAGUCAAAAUGGGUCUCCUUUUCACCAACAAGGACAUUCUCACUCUAUGCAUCAAAGUAAAAGCUUUGUAUCCCACCCUGACUUUGCCUUAUUUCAGGCCAAUGAACCACAAACACAGUGCACUUCACUACGCUCGCAACAAAACAGAAAUAAUCUUAACCCAGGGCAAAAUUCUCUUAGCCAGUCAAAAAGUUUUAUGGAUGUUAAUGUUUCUGGUCCCCACAGAGUCAGUGUUAACCACCCACCACAAAUUACCAACGCAUCGACUUCACAACAGUCACUUUCAAUGCCACAGUUUUCUCAAACGUCCAAUCCUUCAGUGCACUUUCUCAAGUGUAGUAACCAUCAAGAAGGAAAUUUUAAUGGACAUUCUCCAAAUAUGACUCCUUGUUCCGUCAGUAACUCCCAGCAGUUUUCUUCCCAUUAUUCCUUUUCCAGUAAUCAUGUGUCCCCAAGCAGUCUUCUUCAGGCCUCUGCGGUUCUUGCACCGAAUCAUGCAAAUCAGACUCUAUCUGAUUUUACUGGAAGUAAUUCCUUUUCACCUCAUAGGGGACUCAAGCAAGAAUCCUCUCAGCAUAUGCUAAAUCCGAAUACGUCGUUGAAUUCAAAUAAUUUCCAAAUGUUGCAUUCAUCACAUCCUCAGGGUAAUUACAGCAAUUCAAAAUUAUCUCCUGUGCACAUGAACUUCCCAGAUCCUGUUGACUCAGGAACUCAAAUGGGCCAUUUCAAUGAUCACGUAGAAACAAAUGGGUUUUCAUCUUUAGACGAGAAUUUACUUCAUCAAGUGGAGUCACAAGCUGAGCCGUUCACAGGACUAGACCCCGACGACCUCCUUCAUGAGGGUCUCCUUCCCCAGUUUGAUGAGUCAGCGUUUGGGCAAGAUAAUUCAAGUCAUGUUUUAGAUCACGACCUCGAUCGGCAGUUUGCGUCACACCUUGUAACCCGGCCUUCCGACGUGGCUCAAACUCAGUUGCAUAGUCAGGCUCGGAGCUGGCACACCUCCCUUUCCAAUCAUCAGCACCUACAUGACAGAAAUCGCCUGUGUUUACAGCGACAGGUAUGUGGUUCUGUUAUUUUGGUGAUUUGCGGUGGAGAGUUUUUACUCAUUGAGAUUGAGGUUCUUUUAUAAGACAUAUUUAAAAUUUCUCAAACUCAUU